AUGCCUGACUACAAGUAUGGAAGACAGCCCAAGGGACGGAUGUUCCGAAAGUGGAUGGAGAGCCCUCGUGAGCCCGGAUGUCCAGUUGCAAGAAGUACCCUCAACUUGGAUCAUCGAAGAAGGCACCCGGAGUUCAGAGUUACUCACAACCCCACAAAACUAUCUGCCUCGUGGAACCCACUGCUGGCACCCCUAGGGCUAACGCUUGAACAUCCGGAUGUACGUGACUCUGGAUCCCAGUAUCGAGAUAUCGAAAUCAUGAGCCGCCACGGCUCGCCAGUAAACUGGUGUGGACGCACUGGACCAGGUGUGAUCUUUAUUGACAAUGUAUACAGAUCGCACAACAAUGCCCGCCUUCCACAUAUGUCCGAUCUCACCAAGGUCGCUUAUGAGAUGGACUUUUCGUUGAGUUCCCUUAAAUACGAGGUAUAUCGAUCCGUCGUACCCUAUGAAUACCCGUCUAGAGACCCACUAAUUUGGCACCUUGGAACGGCAGAGUUCGAUGCGUUGCUGGGUACCGGGAUCGCUUCCAAGACCAUUGAUGUGCCAAAGCUGCAGCAUUACGUCAUGAUUGCUGAUGGUUAA